AUGAAAGGUGACGGAUUUGGAGUAGGUUGGUACAAAUCAAAUCCUGAUGUGACAUCAACUCCAUGUAUAUUCACUUCAAUCACUCCUGCUUGGAAUAAUCAAAACUUGUCAAGACUUGCUGAAGAAAUUCGAAGUUCUCUGGUAUUCGCUCAUGUUAGAGCUUCUACAACUGGUGCUUUGUCAGAAACUAAUUGUCAUCCAUGGAAAUUUGGCCGUUUGAUGUGGAUGCAUAAUGGACAUAUCGCUGGUUUUAAUAAGAUUAAAAGAAAAUUACAACAAUCUUUAAGAGAUGAUAUAUUUUUAUUCGUUCAAGGAAACACUGAUUCUGAAUGGGCGUUUGCUUUGUUUCUUAAUCAACUUGAUGAUCCAAUCAAUGGUCAAUUUGAUCAUGAAACUUUAAAAAUUGCAAUGUUAAAAACUAUUGACCAAUUAAAUAAUUGGGCUGAAGAUGCUGGAAUUAAUGAGUCAUCCUUAUUAAAUUUCGCUGUAACUGAUGGCCAUUCCGUGAUAUGUACUAGAUAUAUCAACAGUAAAACUGAUGAAGCGGCUUCUUUAUACUUUUCUUCUGGAACGAAAUUUACAGAGUAUAAACCUGGGCACUAUAGAAUGACAAAAGCUGAUAAACGCGAAGAUAUUGUUCUUGUAGCCUCAGGUAUUGUACCAAUUUAA